CCGGCGGGGUCCCGCUGCCGCCGCCCGCUGCGGCACCGGCUCGCCCGGCCCCAGCCGCGGUCUCUGAGGCGUCGCCGCUGCCCGGUACCGGCAGCGCCGGGCUCGGCCUUCCCCUCCGCUCCCGGCCCGCGAUGGGGGCCGCCGACUGGUGCUGGAGCUCGGCGGGCGCUGCCCUCGUCCUGGCCACCUCCAGCGACCCGGAGCACCCCGCCGAGAACAUGGCGGACGGAAGUUCUGAAACGUUCUGGACGACGACAGGAAUGUUCCCGCAGGAAUUCAUUAUUGGUUUUCCUAAAUGUGUAAAAAUCAGCAAAGUCGCAAUCCAGUGUUACUUGGUGCGGACCUUGAGGAUUGAAAGAAGCGUAUCUAAAGACCCAGUAGAUUUUGAACAGUGCAUUGAAAAAGAUUUGCAACACACAGAAGGACAGCUUCAAAUGGAAGAAUUCCAACUUCCUGAUUUCCCAGCCACUUACUUGCGUUUCAUCAUCAAGUCUGCCUUUGAUCAUUUUGUAUCAGUGCACAGGGUGAUGGCAGAGGGCACAGCAGAAAACACUUAAGUCCAGCUUAAGUUUGUACCUUUUUUUCCCCUUUUUGUAUUAUAUUUUGAUAUGCAUAUUGCAGGGAAUAUUUAUUAUUAAACCUUUGUAUUAAAGUGUUUUUCAAAGAUA